AUGCGCGCAAGGCUUGAGGCUGAAGGACGAGGACCUUCUACUGCUUGGGAGCCAGUCUCUUCUGAUGAUGAAGAAUUCGAGGAUAUACGGCCGAUGACUCCGCCUAUGUCUCCCCCGUGCCCUCCACGAGGCGCCACAUCUAAGGAGAAUGAGUCCGUCAACAUGGGGAUCCAGCGGCCCAAACUGGGUGACACGCCUUUGCAAAACAUCCAUCCGGCCCCCUCCACUUCACCGCAAUUACGGGCACGUAAAGUACAACGUCAAAGACAACUUCGAACUCUACUACCGGUCUCUGGGCGAGCUACUAGGUCAAAAGCUUCGAAAACUGCCGCUUUCUACGAACUCGCUUAUGAUAACAAAACAAGCCAACGCGUCUCCAGUAUCGCUCCGAUGGGUCCUCCAAAGUCCCCCGGCUUAAAGCAGCCAAAUAAAUCAUCUCCACAACAAAAACCUCGAUCCGCCUAUCGAGUUCAGAAGAGAUGA